AUGUCUCUUGGUGCUGCUGGUGGCUAUGGCCUUACCGGUGAGGCUGCCGCAGCUUUCACAGCUGCAGCUGCAGGGGCCAUCGGGCAGGCCGCAUCAAGCAUCCUCGGAAGAUCACUUCCACGCGGCCGUAACAAUCAGAGAUCACCACCGCGUAGACGUCGAUGCACGUGCCCGCGAAGGUCACCACCUACGCCACCAAUGAAAAAGCCACCGCCCUCUCCCCCACCUUCAAGAAAGGGACCACCACCACCACCACCAAUAACAAAAAAGGCACCACCACCACUACCGCCGCCGGCGCCAGCUCCAGCACCUCAAGAUGACAAUCAUGUGACACUAGCUCCAAUACCUCAAGAUGUCGAUGAUGAUAUCUCACCAGCUCCCCCACCUCAAGAUGUCGAUGAUAUCACACCAGCUCUCGCACCUCAAGAGGACAACUCAUUACUUUCAACAUAUGAUAAACCUCCACCUCCUUCAAAAAAGAGAACACCACAAAAAAAGGUGGUACCACCUCCACCACCUUCUAAGAAUAAACUACUACCGACAAUGCCGUCACCACAUCCAAGAAAUGCAUUGCUACCAAGAAAGCCACCACCAACUCUACCACGUCCAAGAAAUGCAAUACUACCGAAAAAGCCACCACCAUCAUAUUAUGUGUAUACACCCCCUGUUGAUAGCGGAUUCGGAUUCAGAUAUAGACCUGGAUGGUCCGCCUAUGGCGACGGGAUAGGAUCAGAUUCGAUCUCAGACAUGGGUAGACGGCAGAACCGUGAAUAUGUAAUCUCACAUUUAGCAUUAACGGAUUUAAUGCCCAAUACGGGUCAGUGCAAGUGCCGUCCGGAUAGGAAGUCCCGUACUCCACCAUCUCCAACCAAACCCUCGCCACCAUCUCAAGGACGGCCACCACCUUCCCAACCUCUGAGAAAGGCACCACCACCACCACCAUUAUCGGAGAAUAAUGAGGCACCGGCUCCUUCACCUGAAAUUGAUGAAGAGGAAGAUGAAAUCUCUCCUUCACCUCCUCCAACUUGUAAGUAA